AUGGAGCGCAUUGUCAACUUCAACGCAAUUUUGUUCCCUUCAGAUGGACGUCCGCCAACCAUUGUACAACUCAUGACCAGUCCAAUGUCAUUGCCUGGCCACCACACCUCCUACACUGUUAAUCCUUCUCGUAUGCCUCAUCCUGAAGUUCAUAUGGACUAUAUUGCCGAAAACCUUGGUCCGAGAGCAUGGAAAUAUCAGCUCGUCGAAGCUUUGGACUGCAUGAAUAGAAAAUUUGCUUGCCCAUAUAUUAUAUUUUACCCUGUUGUAUCCAGAGAUGGCAUGCCGUUCCCCAUAAAUAGGGCGAUACGCGACAUCCAAGGGCGACGGUUUAAUGAAGACAAUGCCUGGCGCGGUAAUGUCCUUGUUGCAAAAUACCAUGACAAUCCGUUCUCUUCGCUGAUGGAUGCAUCCAUGGCCGACUUUCCUAUUCUCAAAAACUAUUUGCUUUCCCAUGGAUGUCCGCAGGUGAGUACGUCGAUAAAGUUAAACUUGCUCCAUGCUCACCUUCACGUAUGUCCACUAGUAACCCUGCCAUGAUGCCCCCGUUUCUUAUUUUUCUUCGGACAACGGAUUUUGUAUCAUAUAUAGUGAUAGAGUAUAAUACUGAUACAUAGUACAUAACUUCACAUGGCAAAGUGAACUAUUAGAGCUCUUCAUGAACCAUUGUCGAUUCCUUAGCUUCUGACUUAUCCUUCUCCUUUGCUUUACCAUCCUUACCAUCAUUUUUGACCUUCGGCGGUUUACAGGGCUCUGGUAUUGGACUUGCAGGAUUAAUCAAAGGAUGGUUGACGCGACCGACCUUCUUGUAUUCGGCAUGAUUUGCAUAAAACUCCUUCCAAUGUUGCACGCCCUGCGUUGAU